AAUGCUAAGAAAGUUGUAUACAAUUAAACUUAGCAACACGAGAUUGUUCUGCUGCUCCACUAUUUGCAGAUCAGCUACAAUCAAUGUAACGCCAAAUCCAAGUAUUUCUGAUGAAAAAAUCAAGAUUUCUAUUCAAGGUUUGACUCCAUCUGAAGAUGUUUCAUUACACGCUUUCACCCGUGUAACGAAAAAAUGUUUUUAUGAAAGUUUUGCUCAAUACAAAGUCCCAUCUUCAGGUAUAGUUGAUUUAACAAAAGAUGCAUCAGUGGAUGGAAUGUAUACAGGUGUUGAACCAAUGGGGUUGAUUUGGUCAAUGGAGGGAAGAGCUGACAGAGAGGAAGACAUUGUUCGUCUAAUUCACAGAGAUGUGACCACACCACAAGAAGUAUGCUUGAGGGUAUAUGAUGGACCACUAGAUAGACUCAGAGAAAAACAGGACAAAGUAAUUGCUGAAACAACUGUUGAACGUCUGUAUAUGACACCUGGUGUGAAAAGAAUGGAUGUUCGAGAUAAUGGAUUGGUAGCAACUUUGUUUCUUCCACCUGGAGAUGGACCUUUUCCAGGUGUCAUAACUUUGUUUGGGGGAUAUCCUGGCAUUGCUGAGUUCAAGGCAGCUUUACUUGCAACAAGGGGAUUUGCAUCUCUUGCUUUGGCUUACUUUGGAACGGAACAUUUGUCAAAGCAAUUUGCACAGCCACUUGAACUACAGUACUUCUCCAAUGCAGUUGAGUUUUUACGAAAUCAUGAUUCUGUGGUGAAAAAGGGUGUUGGAAUCUUGGCCAUAUGUAAAGGAGCACAGCUUGCUGUAGCAAUGGCAGCUUGUUUGGAUCAUAUAAGAUGUGUGGUUUCAAUCAACAACACUCUAACUAAUGUCAUGGGUUCUUUAACAUACAAAGGCCAAGUGUGGCAACCACUGCCCUUUAAUGUAACCAAACCAUGCAAAAUGCUUAAUUUAAGAGACUAUUGCAAGUUACCUGAUGGUUCUAAAUUAGAUGAUGCACAAGGUUUUCUUCCAUUCCACAAAAGAAAGAAUGUGUCGUAUCUUUUAAUUGGAGGAAUGGAUGAUAAAUGUAUUCCAAAUGAAAUGUGUUUAAACGAAGCACAAAGAUUGUUAGCAGAGGAAAACCAUCCGGAUUACGAAAUAACUCGAUACUCCAAUGCUGGACAUCUGUUUGAACCACCAUAUGCCGUUCAUUCACCAUACACAUUCCAACAAGGAUUUCCUUUUAACACUUUUUUAAAUUGGGGUGGUGAAAAAGUUAAUCACUGUAAAGCACAAGAGGACUCCUGGCCAAAGCAACUUCAUUUUCUAAAAACUAGAUUAGUUUUCUUAAACUUAACCAUUUCUGUGGCUAAUUUAAUGGAAGUUUCCACAUCUUCUGGUUUUUCAAUCUCAACAGAGCCAAGUUUGGUUGAUGAAAAGAUUAAAAUUAAUAUUUCAGAUCUUCCAGCGAACAUAAUCAUCACAUUGCAUUCAAGAACCAGAACUCAGAAAUUGGAAUUCGAUUGUCUUGCUCAAUAUAUGACAGAUAAGAAUGGUUGUAUUGACUUGAACAAGGAUCCUUCAGUUGGCGGAUACUAUGAUGGGGUUAAACCAAUGGGAUUUAUUUGGGCCAUGAAGCAUUCACCGAAAAACAAGUCAGUUGGGGGUAGAAUGGUUCUUUUUGAUGUCACAAAACCUAUCAUCGUAACAAUCAAUAUAUAUGACCGACCAAUUGAGGAUCUUAUGGAACUUGAACGUUUAAACAUGGAAAGUUUACUUGAGUUCAAAGUAACCCGCGUGUACAUGGCUCCUAGUGUAAAAAGAAUAGUGAUUAGGGAAAAUGGAAUUCAUGGAACUUUGUUUUUACCACCAGGAGAUGGACCCUUUCCAGGUAUUAUUACUAUGAUGGGUGGUAUUCCUGGUACUUUGGAAUUCAAAGCAGCAUUAUUUGCUUCUCAUGGAUUUGCUUCACUUGCUUUGGUUUAUUGUGGAGUUGAUGGAUUUCCAACACCAUUAGAGACAAUGGAUAUGCAAUAUUUUCAAAAAGCUGUUAAUUUUAUGUUAAAUCACAAAAAGGUGGAUGCUCCUCAUGGCAUUGGUGUUGUAGGCAUUUGUAAAGGUGCACAGAUUGCUUAUUGCAUGGCUGACUGUUUGAGUGGUAUUAGAUGUGUUGUGGGAGUCAACGGCGCUCCUUUUUCUUUACAUUCACCUCAUUCACAUUGUGGCCGUCAUUGGCCCGCAUCUAAAUUUGUUCAGUCCUCCUCAUUUAACACAGAAGAGUAUAUAAAUAAAGACAGAUUUGUAAUUGGUAGAAAGAUUUAUCCUUUUGUAAAAAGUCAAGAUGAUCCGGAAUUAUUAUCUCGCUUGUUUGAUAUUCACAAACGCCCCCACAUUUCUUACUUGGUGAUUGCUUCUUUAGAUGAUCAAAACAUAACUGCAGAAUAUUUUGCCAAUCUUUGUGAAAAAUUAUUUAAAUCAACCAGACAUCCUGAUUACAAAAUCUUGCGUUAUCCUGGUACAGGUCAUUUACUUGACCCUCCCUAUUCUGCUCCGUGCAUUGUCGCAAAGUUUGAAUUGAUGAAUGCAGUGUGUGCUUGGGGUGGAACUACUAAGCCACAUGCAAAAGCCCAAGAAGACAGCUGGAAUGAAAUAAUGUCAUUCCUUCGUUUAAAACUUUGUAACCCUUACUUAAGAAGUCAUUUGUAAACAUGAUGAUCAGCAAUACUUAUAUAUAUUUCAUAAUAAUAAUUUCUGCCACUGACAAUAACAACUUUCUUUGUUGCGAAUCUUUAAUGUACAUUUAAUAAAAUACUAACCUUUAUUGUAUAA